AUGACGAAAACGCAAUCCUCGACCAAAAAUACAUACCGCUUCUUAAGACUAUCGGUAUGUUGUUUGAUAAUCUCCUUGGCACAGACCAAAGUAGCUCCGAAGAAUAUAAGUCACGAAAACAUAGAAGGAAUAAAUAUCGAACGUUAUUCUUCGAAAAUGACAGCGGAAUCGGAUGCGCGUGUCAUAAAUCAAGUUUUGAGAACGAAUCCGAAACGAUUCAAGCGCCAACUUCUAUCAAGGAUUCUACAGCUUCCACUACAGUCCCGACUGGGAUCGAGAUUGCCGAGACUACCUCCACGACAGCCGAUUAUCCUACCACUAGUGACAUCAGCAGUAUCAGACACGAUCAGAACUUACCCUUACUACUUCCAAGAAAUUCCCAUGGCUAUCAGCGAAACAGUAUUAGAAACAGUGAGAGAAGCAGCCCCACACGUGACAGGAGCGCUGAAGGACAUUUCACCUGGAAUCAUGGAGAUAAUGAAUAUGAUUCCAAAUUCCGAGAAGAUGGGUCCAUUACAGAAGAUGAUGACGAAAUUCCCGACAGUACUUCACGAAACAGUUCGAGUAGCAACAGACUCAAUCGAAGAUGGGGAAGCCAAGAUGUUAGAGGAAGUGAAGUCUCUGGAGAUUGGACCAAUUUGGAGGAUUAUCAAAAGCAAGCCUACAAAAUCAGAAGAGGUAGUGGGAAAUAUAAAGAAGAAAAUAAAUUGGAAACUGGAGGAAACAAAACAGAGAGCACAAAAUCUGUACCAAAACAUCUUCGAAGAUUACGAGGACCAAUACCCGAGAAAAAAAUCGUCAAGAUCACAAACGACAUACACUCCAAAGAAGAUGAUGAAAAAAUCAAGCAACACAAUAGCACCAGUCAUCAAGGAAUCCUUGUCGGAAAUGGCACAGAUACCACACAAAAUAAAAAAGUUCGUCCAAGAAAUGAAGCAAUGA